AUGUGCUCACGUAAUCCUACCUUGUGUCGCAUCUCAGCACUCUUGCGUCGUCUUCCGGAUUCGAUCACAUGCACGGUGCGGGGGUGGUGGGAGCUGGCGUUGCUGGUGUUAUCCCGCACGUUGCUGGUGCCCCGCAUCCCUCUGCGUCUACCCGCAUCCCUCUGCGUCUCCCCGCAUCCCUCUGCGUCUCCCCGCGUCCCUCUGGCUCAUCCCGCAUCGCUCGGCCCAUCCCGCGUCCCUGUGUACCACCGUACAUCGCUAUCUCGUCCCUUCCAAGCGUACCCAGUGAUCGACCACACGUACGACGCGGUGGUGGCGUACCCAGUGAUCGACCACACGUACGACGCUGUGGUGGUGGGGGCGGGAGGGGCGGGGCUGCGGGCGGCGAUCGGGCUGUCGGAAAGCGGAUUCAACACGGCCUGCAUCACCAAGCUCUUUCCCACGCGCUCGCACACUGUCGCCGCGCAGGGCGGCAUCAACGCGGCGCUGGGCAACAUGACUGAGGACGACUGGCGCUGGCACAUGUACGACACCGUCAAGGGCAGCGACUGGCUGGGCGACCAGGACGCGAUUCAGUACAUGUGUGAGCAGGCGCCCAAGGCGGUAAUCGAAUUGGAGCAUUACGGGCUGCCCUUCUCUCGCACUGAUGACGGCCGCAUCUACCAGCGCGCUUUCGGAGGGCAGAGCCUCGACUUUGGCAAGGGCGGGCAGGCGUACAGGUGUGCAUGUGCGGCCGAUCGCACGGGGCAUGCACUGCUGCACACACUGUACGGGCAGGCGAUGAAGCACAACACGCAGUUCUUUGUGGAGUACUUUGCUCUCGACCUGAUCAUGGACAAGGAGGGAGCCUGUCGAGGAGUGAUCGCACUGAACAUGGAGGAUGGCACGCUGCACCGCUUCCGAUCCAACUCCACCAUUCUGGCCACCGGGGGCUACGGGUGUGCCUAUUUCUCUGCCACGGACUUACUCACUCACUCACUCACGUUGUCCCUCCCCAAUUCCCCCCCUCUCCCCUCUCCCCUCCCCUCCGUCUCCCCUUUCUCUCCCCUCACCUCCGUCUCCCCUUUCUCUCCCCUCCCCUCCGUCUCCCCUUUCUCUCCCCUCCUCCUCCGUCUCCCCUUUCUCUCCCCUCCCCUCCGUCUCCCCUUUCUCUCCCCUCCUCCUCCGUCUCCCCUUUCUCUCCCCUCCCCUCCGUCUCCCCUUUCUCUCCCCUCCCCUCCGUCUCCCCUUUCUCUCCCCUCCCCUCCGUCUCCCCUUUCUCUCCCCUCCCCUCCGUCUCCCCUUUCUCUCCCCUCCCCUCCGUCUCCCCUUUCUCUCCCCUCCCCUCUGUCUCCCCUUUCUCUCCCCUCCCCUCCGUCUCCCCUUUCUCUCCCCUGCCCUCCAUCUCCCCUUUCUCUCCCCUCCUCCUCCGUCUUCCCUUUCUCUCCCCUUCAGGGCUACGGGCGCGCCUAUUUCUCUGCCACGUCAGCGCACACGUGCACGGGCGACGGUAAUGCCAUGGUGGCGCGUGCGGGGCUGCCUCUGCAGGACCUGGAGUUCGUUCAGUUCCACCCGACUGGCAUUUAUGGGGCUGGUUGCCUGAUCACUGAAGGAUCACGUGGAGAGGGAGGAAUUCUGCGCAACAGCGAGGGAGAGAGGUUCAUGGAGCGAUACGCGCCCACAGCCAAGGACUUAGCCUCCCGGGACGUGGUGUCCCGCAGCAUGACCAUGGAGAUCCGCGAGGGGCGCGGGUGCGGCCCCCUGAAGGACCACAUCUACCUGCAUCUGGACCAUCUGCCCCCUGAAGUGCUCAAGGAGCGUCUGCCUGGCAUCAGCGAGACGGCCGCGAUUUUCGCGGGCGUGGAUGUGACGAAAGAGCCGAUCCCUGUGCUGCCGACCGUGCAUUACAACAUGGGCGGUAUCCCCACCAACUACCAUGGGGAGGUGAGCCGGAGUGAGAGGGAGAGGGGGAGUAGAGAGAAGGGGAGCAGAGAGACAGGGAGCAGAGAGAGAGAGGGAGCAGAGAGACAGGGAGCAGAGAGAGAGAGGGAGCUGAGAGAGAGAGGGAGCAGAGAGAGAGAGGGAGCAGAGAGAGAGGGGGAGCAGAGAGAGAGGGGGAGCAGAGAGAGAGGGGGAGCAGAGAGACAGAGAGUGGUGCUCAAGGAGCGUCUGCCUGGCAUCAGCGAGACUGCCGCGAUCUUUGCGGGCGUGGACGUGACGAAAGAGCCGAUUCCCGUGCUGCCCACGGUGCAUUACAACAUGGGCGGCAUCCCCACCAACUACCAUGGGGAGGUGGUGGCACCCAAGCCAGAUAACCCCGAUGCAGUCGUGGCACCCAAGCCAGAUAACCCUGAUGCGGUUGUGCCAGGGCUCAUGGCAGCAGGCGAGGCAGCGUGUGCGUCGGUGCACGGGGCGAACCGUCUGGGCGCCAACAGCCUGCUGGACAUUGUGGUGUUCGGCCGCGCGUGCGCUAACAGGUGCCCCUGUCUCCCGGUGCACGGGGCUAACCGUUUGGGUGCCAACGGCCUGCUGGACAUUGUGGGGUUCAGUGGGGCAUGUGCGAACCGCGUGGCUGAGAUUCACAGGCCAGGUGGAAGUGACU